AUGGCUUUCGUGUUCAGGAGGUGGAGGGUUCUACUGGUGCUCAACGUGCUCGCCGUGGCCGGCUUCAUGACUUUCUGGGCCCGGUGCAGCACGGGACGCAGCGUGCAGCCCGCCGGUCCGGAGGCUCCGGGGGACUGGACGAGGCCCCGGGGCAACGGGACUGCGCAGGGGCCCAGCGUCAGCCACGAGGUGCUGCUGAAGAGGCUCAGCUCGCUGGAGGACGUGGUGUACCGGCAGCUGAACGGUCUGUCCAAAUCUCUGGGACUGAUCGAGGGCUUUGGGGGCCGCGGUAAAAAUGGCCUCCCCGCCACGCUGGCCCCGGCCGAGGAGAGCGACGCCAAAGUCCUGAGGGAGAAAUACGGCUACAACGCCUACCUCAGCGACAGGAUCUCUCUGGAUCGGACCAUACCAGACCACCGGCCCAGCAAAUGCAGAAAGGUCAACCACCCCAGGGACCUCCCGCAGAUCUCCCUCAUCUUCAUCUUCGUCAACGAGGCUCUGUCCGUGAUCCUGCGCUCCGUCCACUCGGCCGUCAACCACACGCCGGCUCACCUGCUCAAAGACAUCAUCCUGGUGGACGACAACAGUGACGACGAGCAGCUGAAGGGCCCUCUGGAGGAGUACGUGAACAAACGCUACCCCGGCCUGGUGAAGAUCGUCAGGAACCAGAAGAGAGAGGGACUCAUCCGGGCCAGGAUCGAGGGCUGGAAGGCGGCCACCGGCGAGGUGACUGGAUUCUUCGACGCCCACGUGGAGUUCACGCCGUCCUGGGCCGAGCCGGUCCUGGCCAGAAUAAAAGAGGACCCCAAGAGGAUCAUCCUGCCGUCCAUCGACAACAUCAAGCACGACACGUUCGAGGUGGAGCGCUACGAGAACUCGGGUCACGGCUACAACUGGGAGCUGUGGUGCAUGUACAUCAACCCGCCCAAGCAGUGGUGGGACGACGGGGACACGUCCGCCCCCAUAAGGACUCCGGCCAUGAUCGGCUGCUCCUUCGUGGCAAACCGUGAUUACUUCGGCUCGCUGGGCCUGCUGGACUCGGGCAUGGACGUGUACGGAGGAGAGAACAUCGAGCUGGGCAUCAGGGUGUGGCUGUGCGGCGGCAGCAUGGAGGUGCUGCCUUGCUCGAGGGUGGCUCACAUCGCCCGGAUGAAGAAACCGUACCAUAGCAACAUCGCGUUCCACACGCGGCGUAACGCUCUGCGUGUGGCCGAGGUCUGGAUGGACGAGUACAAGUCCAACGUGUACCUGGCCUGGAACAUACCAAUGGAGAACCACGGUAUCGAUUACGGAGACAUCUCCCAGCGGGUCGCCCUGAGGAAGAGCCUCCAGUGUAAGAGCUUCGAGUGGUACCUGGACAACGUGUACCCGGAGAUGAGGCGCUACAACAACACGCUGUUCUACGGCGAGAUCCGUAACUCUCGGGCGAGCCAUCUGUGCAUGGACCAGGGCAUGAAGGAGAACCACACGGCCACCCUGCACCCGUGUCACGGCUGGGGUCCUCAGUUGGGACGUUUCUCCAAAGAGGGACAGCUGUUCCUCGGUCCUCUGGGCAGCACCGGUGAGGACACCCGCUGUGUGGUGGACGACCAGGUCAGCAGCUUCCCUCAGCUCCUGAACUGUGACAAGGUCCCGAACGUGAAGCAGAAGACGUGGCACUUCUCUCAGAACGAGUCCAUCAUAAACCGAGCGACCGGACGCUGUGUGGAGGUGGUGCCGGCCAACGUCUACUUCGGCCACCUGCUGGUGCUGCAGCCCUGCUCCGGCCAGAGGUGGACCAUUAAGAACGCCAUGCUGCAGUAG